AUGGCUUCAACUGGUCACAAACCUAGAUCUCUUGAUGAGGAAGAAGAUCCUGGGAUUGAGCAUAUAAGCAAUGAAGAAACAGGUGCACAAGAUGCGAAUGAAAGUACAACACUAACAUCUACCACUUUUCCUACUACGGAUGAUGGGACUGAGGAAAAUGGAUUGAAGAGAAAGUCAAACCUUUCAUCAUGGGUUUGGGAACCGUUUACUAAGGUUUGUGAUACUAAAAAGAAUGAAAAAGCUAAAUGCAAUUAUUGUGGUGCUCAAUAUGCUUGUGGCAGUAAGAAAAAUGGGACUAGUAAUUUGGGUCAUCAUAUUAGAUUUCAAUGUAGAAGUAUGAGGGGACUUUGGCAGUUGACAAGAAGCAAAAAGCAAUAUGUUUUGAAAUGA